AUGGAGAUGAAGAAGUUGUUUUACAUUGGUGGAGUCCUCGCUGUUCUAGCAAUUGCUAGCUUCAAUGAAGCAUUCGGAGCUGGUGAAUGCGGGAAAGCAAACCCCAACAUGGAAGCUUUGAAACUUAUUCCAUGCGCAUCUGCAGCACAGGAUGCGAAUGCUCCUGUUUCCAGCAAAUGCUGUGCUCAGGUGAAGACAUUGGGACAGAACCCCAAAUGCCUUUGUGCAGUUAUGCUCUCUGAUACUGCUAAAAUUUCAGGCGUCGAUCCAAAUAUUGCCAUAACAAUUCCCAAACGAUGCAACCUUGCUGAUCGCCCUGUGGGUUAUAAGUGUGGGCCUUACACACUUCCCUGA